ACCACUUCAAUAAAACUAGCGUAUUUACACGCUUGUCGCCGAUGAACCUGUACUCACUGAACAUACCAAUGGUUUCUAGUUUUGUAUUGUUCAUAUAAUUAUUUACUUCUUGCAGUAACAUUUCUUUACCUGAGGAACGCUAUUUGUUCGACUUUACUAAAAAUGAUGAUGUGGUAAAUUGGCAAGAACAAUCCGAUACAGUUCGAAAUGUGGGUAUGUCGAAAGCUUUACUUGCUUUACAUCAAAAUACUCUGUACAGACGGGCAAUAUUUUUUGCUUUAUUAAAUCCACAAUCAAACGGAGCUGGAUUCGCGGGCAUAAGAGCCAUCAAAACAUACAAUCUUACUGGUUACACAAAACUACAGAUCAAAUGCAGAGGCCAAGGGCAAUAUAAUGGAUUUAAAGUUGUUUUGCGACACAAAGGACUAAAUGAUGAACCAAACUAUUCAUAUGAACAAUAUUUUCAGGCUCCCAAAGAUGAAUUUGCAAUAAGAACUUUACCUUUUUCUGAAUUCAAAGCAUACUACAGAGGCAAAAGGAACAACAAUAGUGAACCUUUGGAUAUAUCCCAAAUAACCAGUAUAGGUCUUCAGAUGUAUGGUGGAGUGUACCAGCCUAUUAAACAAAAAGGACCAGCUACAUUAGAAAUCGAUUGGAUCCGAGCUGUAUAAAACAUAGAAAAACUACUUUUUUU